UGCAAGUGAAUACAGUCCUGUAUUGUAUUUUUGCAUUCACAGCGAUUCACAGAUGAUUGCGCGCGUUUUCAAGUAGUAGAAGAUGCUGGACGAUGUAUCCCGAUGCACCGGAUCUUCCUUACGUUCUGUCGGAACGUGAGGAAAUUAAUUCGAUUUUGUAUAAACCGAUCAACUCGACGCAACGAAUAAAGUACACAUGCUUCAAUGCUUCAUCAAGUUAUAUUAUAUUGGGCUCGACCAGUGGUAGUGUUUACGUGUUCUCUAGAGAACCAUGUUCAUUUUUACAAAUAAUACCCUUAUCGGAAGGUGUGGUUUCGCGUGUAGCGAUAUCACCUGAUGAAAAGGCUGUAGCAUUAGCAACAACUCGUGGUACGGUCUGUGUAGUAUCUCUGAAAUCUACUCCUCAACUGAUAGCUAUAUCUAUGGAACAUAUGUACGAACAAAUUACUUGUCUCUGUUGGAAUAAUAAUAGCACCGAUAUAUAUGUAGGAGAUGCAGCUGGCAGAGUUUCCGUCAUGAUAUUAUCUAUAUUUGGGGUCAAUGGAAUGUUUCAAACCCCGUCCUGCACACUGAUGAACUUGGAUUCUAGCAUUGUGCAGUUGAACUUCUUCUCGCCUCUGCUCUUAGUCUCUACAUUGACGCGAUGUUACAUCUGCGACACAGUUCAAGAGCAAUAUAAACAGAUUGGCAACAAGCCGCGGAAUGGCGAGUUUGGCGCGUGCUUUUACAAGGUGCACGAGAACACCGCCUUGAAUCUGCAAAAGGAAGAGAGGAACCUCAAUAAUACUCGUGGCGCGUUCAACUUGAUCUCCGAUAACGACAGCAACAUCCUGGGCGAGGAGAAUCACGCGAAGAUCUUUUGUGCUCGACCUAGCUCGAGAUUGUGGGAAGUAUCGGCUGAUGGGAUUGUCGCAAAAACACAUCAGUUCAAAGAAGCUCUGGCCAUUCCUCCAAUAGCAAUAUUUCGAUCAAAUGGUACUCUAGAAUCUAGUCAAAAGGAAGGGACAGAGUGCGAGUGGACGCCGCAAUCCAUCAACUUCUCGCAUUUGCUCGUGAUUGCGCGCAGAUAUUUAUUUUCCUACACGAAUAGCGGUGUGUAUAUUAUUGAUCCCAUCAGCGCGACCGUGUUACUGUGGAACAACGAGUACACAAACAUCGCCAUGACCGCGGUCGUGGACGAUCAAAUCUACCUGAUGACCUGUGAUAACGAGUUUCAUUGUUUAGCGUUAUCAUCGCUCGAUAGCCUGAUAUUGCGGCUGCAUCGUCACGAGCGAUAUAGCGAGUGUUUAAACGCGUGCUUUGUAUAUAAAUCGCUAUUAUUAAAAGCCAUCGAUACUAAGGAAAUCGUCGAGCUGUUUGAAGUGGAAGAUCUGCCGCGAGUAUCGCGAGACGAGGAAGCGCUAGCGUUGCUGCGGCCGUUAAUAACGUUUUUGCAAGUCGGUAGUAAAAAUAAACUAUCUAAACUGGACUCCGGAAUCGUAGUCGUGCAUUCUGAGAACGACGGGUUCACGAAUAGAAGAACGUAUGGCUGUGAAACAAUGUCCGCACUGCAGUCUCCCGAAACCUCCAGCGAAGAUUCAUCCGAUAUGCAAAUAAUAUCCGGGAAGGAUCGAGACAAAAAUCUUGCACGAGAAGAUACACUUGAAACGACUUCAGUGGAUGUACUCGAUUUAGACGAAAAAGCGUUGGGAAACGUCAAAGACGAUAAUCGCGAAGAUCUUGAUCCACAACAAAAUGUAAUGCACAGGGUGCAAUCCGAUUUGCAGCCGAUCUACGAUCUGGCAAACAGCGUCAGACCUAGCAUAUCGGAAAGAGAAAUCGAGGAGAUCAUUUCAGAGACGGACAAGUUGAUGAGAACUAUUAAGGAAUCCUAUAAAAACUUGCCUGGGCUUCAGAGUUUCAUUUAUGAAAUUACUCGCGCCGCCGAAUUGCACUAUUAUAAUACGUUCUUGGAAAACGCUUCCGUUCAAUUGCUCGAUUCCAUCAGCAACGAUUUAAUUGUGCGACAAUUCGUACGGGCCUUCAUUCAGAUUAAUUCACCAGCCUACGCCAGAUGUAGUUGCGGUUAUCCCUAUCCGAUGGAUAAGCCAGUAGAGCCGAAAUUCCUGGCGAUCGGCGAAUCCUUAAUCAAGAGAUACGCGGACAUUGAUCUGCCGAAAGAAUGUAGCAAUAUCUGCGACCAGGUACCUUACAUGUGGCGCGAAUACCUGGCCGUCCGCAUCGAGCGCCAUAAUACGUUAGACGACGUAUUGAGACAGUGCCUUCAGACAAGAGAUAAAGUUGUGUUAUCAUUCCUUUUGCCGGCAUUGAAUGAGCAACAGUGGAAUUGCGUCAGUAUGUGCCUGAGCGAGAUCGAGGAAGGCACUUGCCUGUUUUGCGCAAUGCCCUUGACUGAUAAACCCAAUUACAAUGUACUUAUAGAUUGGAGCGGUAUCGCUGGGGAAAUUAUGAAGAGAAAGGGACCAGACGAGGCCAUGGCAUUCUUGAUUAAGCUAGAAAGCAUGAUGCCGAAUGUUAAUUUCGACAGAAGUAUAUUCCAGUCUAUCAUAUUUACAAAAAUACUGCAUCACCGUGGUCUGAAGAAGUCGAUCGAUUUCAAUAAAACUAAUCAAUUAUCAUCGGAAUUCGGUACAAUGUGCUCGUCACAGGUGCGCGAUCAACUGGCGAAAUCCCUCGAGAAAGAUUUAAAGCGACCGAUAAAUAAAAACAUGUUCGGAACGGGCGCUCAUCAUUGGGGUAUGCGUCAUCAAACUAAAUCAUCGACAUGCCCGUGUUGCACAUUAUCUUUACAGACGCCGAUUUUACUAGGUAAUAACGGAAUCGCGAUCUUUCGUUGCGGUCACGCCUACCAUGUAAAUUGUAUGAUAGAGAGAAAGCUCACUAGAUGUAAUCUUCAUUAGCAAAUAUUGUAAAUACGAAUCAAAUAAAAAAAAAAGAGUUACACACGCAUUGUACAUGUCCCUUAAAUUAAAUUUCUCUUCAUAUAC